CAGCCAGUGGUCAUUUGGGCCUAAAAGCUGCUCAAGCAGAUUCUGUGUUCAUGCGAUACACAAACAGAGAUCUAUGACUUAUUUGAAAUAUAUACGUGACAAAAACCUAGCAAUCAAAAAAGAAAGGGCCAGAAUUGAUCCAGAAGGGGGCACCCAGCAACAACAUCCAAAGAAGAAGUCGGUUGCCUAGCGACCAGUGGACGCGUAUUGGCAGCUAGCAAGCUAAGCGUUGGGCUAACACGGUGUUCAUGUCCCAGAAACAGAACCUCAAAUGCCUCUGAAAAGAAGAGGACCGUUGCAACUCGUCCAAAGAGAUGUGGAUGAAGUCAAAAGACAGGUUGACAUUCUGGAGAAGAAUGUGAAGGGCCAGCAUGGAUCUCAAGAAGAGGCAUUUCAUAGAUGCCAAGAGCUGCAAACCUCUGCACAAAAGAUACUAAACACUCUACAGAAAUUGACAAAGGCUGAUGAGCUGGCUCCAGUUGGGAACUACGAUCAGAGGAAACUAGAAGAGGAGAGACGCUUACAAAAUGUCGUGGAGCGUCUGGUCACUUUGUCUCUGGAGCUUUCACCCCCAGGCCCCAGCACUCAAACUGGCAGUGCUUUAAAAGAAGACACAGACAACAAUAGCGAAGGCGACAUCGAUGAUGAUCUUGAGGAAGACAUCGACAGUGAUGGUAAAGAUGACGGAGAAGCGAAUACAUCCGAAAAGCCACCCUCUCAGUCAGCGCCUCAGAUCUACACGGUCCUCAGUGAUUUUAAAGCAGAGCAGCAAGGAGACCUGUCUGUUCAGAGAGGAGAAGUGUUAAAGAUAAUAAAAAAAUCAGCAGAUGGAUGGUGGCUGGCCCAAGACCCCAAAGGGAACAGAGGGGUUGUUCCAAGAACCUUUCUGAAGAUAGGCUCUGGUGUUAAAGAUGAUGAUGAAGACGAUGAUGAAGACGAUGAUGACGACGACGAUGAUGACGACGACGAUGAUGACGACGAUGAUGAUGAUGAUGAAAUCCAGCAGUCAGGACAGGAGGAGGAGGAGGAAGACGAGGAAGAUGAAGACCAGAAUGAUAAUGGAAACAAAAGUAACGCUUCUAACUGGUCAACCGUCCGAAAGGCUCUGACUGAGAUUGAUACAACCGACGUGCUGUCAGCGAUGGGAGCCAUACCUUCAGGAUUCAGGCCGUCAAGUCUGAGUAAACUGCUGGCAGAAGAAGGUGAGAGAUACAGAGGAAGUCGUUAUGUUCAACCUGAGCUCAGCCAAUCACAGCUGUCCUUCAAAGAUCUCUUCUUAGACCCAGACACCGGCAGGGUCCGUGCUCGCCAGGUCGGGAUUUGCGUCUGUUUUAGUUUGUGGAGCUGCAAGAUGAUUCCCACUCCAGGAGUCGGGGUUCAGGUUCUCAGCAGACACGUCCGUCUGUGUGCCUUUGAUGGAACACAGGUGUUGAGCAACAUCCACACAGUGAGAACAUCAAACACCUCAAAGAGCCCAAAGACAUGGAGCUUCUCUCCAAGGAUGACCAGCAUCCUGCCAACUGUCCUGGAUGGAGACUGUUUCCUUCGCUGCAACUCGUCGUCUCCGAACAUUGGAAUACUUUUUGAACUUGGAGUUACUUUUAUACGAAACUCGACGGGCGAGAGAGGAGACCUGAGCUGCGGCUGGGCCUUCCUCAAACUAACUGAUGACGGCGGAAACCCACUCCCAAACAGGACCUAUGAACUACCAGUAAAUGGGGGGACACCUUAUGAAAAGGAUGUUACAUUGGAAGCACCCAUUUCGAGAAGAUCUCCAGGCGGCGUUUUCCAGCAGAUGCUCCAAGCCCGUCGGCAGCCCAAACUGAUUGUUAAGAUGAAAUCGGCAAACAGCAGGAUCAGAACGCAGCUCAGUCUCCUUCCAGACACCCUGCUGCACUGUCUGAGCUGCGUGCACCUGCUGGUUUUGCACCGGCAGCUGUUGGCCGACACACUGCUAAUGGACAGACCCACCAUGCAGAAUGCAGAUCUUAUAUGCAGUCCAAUACUCUCAACUUUCCCUGUGCUGUUGGACCAGACAGACCUGCUAGAUGCCCUGAGGAGUGCCUGGCUGGAAGCUGAGACCAACAUGAGCAGAGCACAGAAGAGAGACGUAUCCCAUCUGAAGCAGGAGUUUAGUAAAAUCUACAUGUCAUCCGUGUAUUUCCUGCUCCACUCACCUUCCCUGCCCUCCUAUCGCUGGGCUGACCCGCCCUCAGAAGAACAGCGGGCCAGAGUCAUCUACUCCACCUUGGAGGCCCUGAAGAACUACCAGCAAACCACCAGCCAAUCAGGAGCUCCUGCAGUCUUUUUUGACCCCUCCCAUUCACAUCUUGCUUUUGAUGUCCAGGAGUUGACAUUUGACCUCCUUUGUGCGACACGGUAACAAUAACAUCACCUCCAUGACUGAAACUGCCAGUGAUUGCCAGGGCUGGAUAUAGGAAAAUGUAUUCUACCCAUAUAGCUUGAUGGCUAUGUACAAAUCAACUUACAGGAUUUUGGGCAUUGUCCACAUGAAAAUAAAGUUUUUCCAAAACA